AUGCUUAUGAAAAUCCUCAUCUGCGAUUGUGAUUUCAUGGGCCAAAACCACAGUUCCACGGUCGGAACUGAGAAGAAGCCUUCCUCUAGCACCACUGACAAUCUUGAUAAACCAACAUAUGAAGUCGUCUACGCAUGGUCGCAAUCCUUCGAGAAUCUCAUGAAAAACAAGCUGGGUCAAAAAUAUUUUGCUGAAUUCCUGAAAGGCGAAUACUCCGACGAGAACAUUCUUUUCUGGCAAGCUUGUGAAGAGCUGAAACGAGAAAAGAAUGCUGAAAAGAUCGAAGAAAAGGCCCGCAUCAUAUACGAGGAUUUUAUAUCCAUACUGUCACCAAAAGAAGUCUCGUUGGACUCGAGAGUACGUGAAAUCGUCAACACGAACAUGUCGACGGUCUUUCAGCGACAUUUGGAUGACGGCCCACAAUCAGAUACUCACACUCUCAUGCAAAGGGACUCGUACCCGAGAUUCCUUUCGUCGCAGCUGUACAAAAACAUUAUAGGAAAUCACGGAACACUAGAAGAAGUCUGA